GGCCAGACUGGGUUCGUGGGGGGAAGCCGCUGGCAGCUGUUACCCACAGAUUCCCAGGCUUGCAGCAGGCCUGCAGCACAGCUUUCAGGGCCGGCUGGGGACUCGGAGUCUCCUCUGCCCCACGAACGCAGCGGGGUUGGCCACUCGCCGGUCCUCUGAUGUUCUUGCCAGGGACCGGGUGCACCCACUGGAGGACUAGGUAGCUCCAGAAGUGACCUGAGCUGUUCUCUGCCGUGACUAAGAGGAUCUGCUCUGGUGUCAAGCCGACCUGGAUCCAAUCGCACAUCCCCUUCUCUCUGAGCCUCUGUCUAUUCACCUGUAGAUAAAGGAAGAAUCCUGGGACCCACUCCCGGCAGUUGAUGAUCUCUAGAUUCGGUGUGGUCAUGCCUGUAAAAUAGCACCACAGCACUCGGGGUGUUCUGGAAAUAACUCCCUGAUGGCCUGGCACUGUGGCUCACACCUGUAAUCCCAGCACUGUGGGAGGCCUAGGCGGGUAGAUCACUUGAGGUCAGGAAUUCAGGACCAGCCUGGCCAAUAUGGUGAAACCUGGUAGCCAGCCUGGUGGCACUCGCCAGUAGUCCCAGUUACUCUAAAUAACUGUAGUAAAAGUACAAAAAUUAGAUGGGUGCUGUGGCAGGCACCUGUAAUCCCAGCUACUCGGGAGGCUGGGGCAGGAGAAUCACUUGAACCCAGGAGGUGGAGUUUGCAGUGAGACGAGAUUUCACCACUGCACUCCAGUCUGGACAACAGAGCAAGACUGUCUCAAAAAGAAAGGAAAUGACUUCCUGAAGACAGGCCUCGGGGAGAGUGAGGAGCAGGAUGAGAGCCCUGGUCACAGAGCCUAAGGGCAAAUGACAGCUUUCUUCUGAUAUCUCUGCAGCCUCUUUCCUAGUGGAACAUGCAUGUCCUGCCCAUGGGCAGAUAAAAGACAGAAACCACUAGCCACAUGGUGUUUGGGGACCUGGACCAGGUGAGGAUGACCUCGGAGGGCUCUGACUGCCGCUGCAAGUGCAUCAUGCGGCCCCUGAGCAAGGACGCGUGCAGCCGGGUGCGCAGCGGGCGGGCGCGCGUGGAGGACUUCUACACAGUGGAGACCGUGAGCUCGGGCACUGACUGCCGCUGCUCCUGUACUGCACCUCCCUCCUCACUCAACCCCUGUGAGAAUGAGUGGAAGAUGGAGAAACUCAAAAAGCAGGCACCCGAGCUCCUCAAGCUGCAGUCCAUGGUGGAUCUCCUGGAGGGCACCCUGUACAGCAUGGACUUGAUGAAGGUGCACGCCUACGUUCACAAGGUGGCCUCCCAGAUGAACACACUGGAAGAGAGCAUCAGGGCCAACCUGAGCCGGGAGAAUGAGGUGGUGAAGGAGAGCAUGCGCCACCUCAGCGAGCAGUUGAGGCACUAUGAGAACCACUCCGCCAUCAUGCUGGGCAUCAAGAAGGAGCUGUCUCGCCUGGGCCUCCAGCUGCUGCAGAAGGAUGCCGCCGCCGCUGCCGCCCCCAACACCCCUACUACGGGCUCUGGUAGCAAGGCCCAGGACACAGCUGGAGGAAAAAGCAAGGACCUCAGCAAGUAUGGCAGCGUACAGAAGAAUUUUGCAGACAGAGGCCUCCCAAAACCGCCCAAGGAGAAGCUGCUGCAGGUGGAGAAGCUGAGGAAGGAGAGCGGCAAGGGCAGGUUCCUCCAGCCCACAGCCAAGCCCCGCGCCCUGGCCCAGCAGCAGGCUGUGAUCCGGGGCUUCACCUACUACAAGGCGGGCAGGCAGGAGGUAACCGAGGCAGUGGCAGACAAUGCCCUUCAGGGGACUUCCUGGUUGGAGCAAGUGCCGCCCAAGGUAGAGGGCGAACCCAACUCCGAAAAGCAGGAUGAGGCUAAGCCCAGGUCCUCAGAGGGAGUAGACUUGGCUCCUGGCACUCCCACCUCAGUCCCUGCCACCACCACCACCGCCGCCACCCCGACUCCCACCACCAGUCUCCUGCCUACUGAGCCACCUUCAGGUCCAGAAAUCUCCAGCCAAGGCAGAGAUGCAAGCUGUGAGGGCACCCUCCGGGCCGUGGACCCCCCCGUGAGGCACCACAGCUAUGGGCGCCACGAGGGAGCCUGGAUGAAGGACCCUGCAGCUCGAGACGACAGGAUCUAUGUCACCAACUACUACUAUGGAAACAGCCUGGUGGAGUUCCGUAACCUAGAAAACUUUAAGCAAGGCCGCUGGAGUAACAUGUACAAGCUGCCCUACAAUUGGAUCGGCACGGGCCACGUGGUUUACCAGGGCGCCUUCUACUACAACCGCGCCUUCACCAAGAACAUCAUCAAGUACGACCUGCGUCAGCGCUUUGUGGCCUCCUGGGCUCUGCUGCCCGAUGUGGUAUAUGAGGACACCACACCCUGGAAGUGGCGUGGCCACUCGGACAUCGACUUCGCCGUGGACGAGAGUGGCCUGUGGGUCAUCUACCCCGCUGUGGAUGACAGCGAUGAGGCCCAGCCCGAGGUGAUCGUGCUGAGCCGCUUGGACCCCAGCGACCUCUCGGUGCACCGGGAGACCACGUGGAAGACGCGGCUUCGGCGGAACUCCUACGGGAACUGCUUCCUGGUGUGCGGCAUCCUGUACGCCGUGGACACCUACAACCAGCAGGAAGGCCAGGUCGCCUAUGCCUUUGACACGCACACAGGCACCGAUGCACGCCCCCAGUUGCCCUUCCUCAAUGAGUAUGCCUACACCACCCAGAUCGACUACAACCCCAAGGAGCGUGUGCUGUAUGCCUGGGACAAUGGCCAUCAGCUCACCUACACCCUCCACUUCGUGGUCUGAGUGGAGACCGGUGCCCCAGGGAGAGGGGCAGCAGUGCGGGAGGGGUUCCCCACACCAGCUCCUGCAACUGACCCAAUCCACAAAUAUUUAUUGGAGGCUAGCCCAGGGCUGGGACUGGGCAUGAGGUGGUCACCAGGUUGAGCUUCCUCAGCACCCAGUGGGAAAUACUUGCUUCCACUUGCAGAGCAUUGUGCCAAGCACUUUCCGCUCACUUACCCAUUGAUUCUCCCAGCACCUCCUUGGAGGCAGAGAUCAUGAACCCAUUUAACAGAUGAGGAGACAGAGGCUCAGAGAGGCACCGUCCCUUGCCUAACACCUCAGUUGUGAACAGGCAGGCUGUGCUGUCACGACAGCCCCAUUUUAGAGAUGAGGAGACUUCACCAUGCCCUCCCCUCCCUGCCCUCCCCCAUCUCCCCUGGUCUCCCUUGUUCUCUAAACUCUGUCUCCCUUCCCAGGGCCACUCAGAACCAGAGGCCUUUGGGGCCAGUAUGCUGGUGUGGGGUGGGUGGAGGCCCCAGCUCUGCCUGCCAUCCCAGGGCCCUGUCCUGGCUGAGCUGUUGGUGGCCCUGGGCUUUGGGCCCCUUGGCCAAUGUCCUUGCCUCUUGCCUUUGGCAAGCCCCCCCAGCCCAGCCCACCCCACCCGCUGUCCGGCCACAUUCCAAACCUCUACCGUCACCUAGCUGCUGAGCAGAAACCGCACCCCUAGAGAAAAUCCCAGCCUCGUUCCAAGGCCCCUCUCUGCUCCAUGCUCAUUUUUAUUUUUUCUUAUUCUUCAUCAGUGCUGUCAUUUGUUUCUGCAGCAGCAGCUGAGAAGGCAGCAGGCAGCUCUGCUGGGGUGGGGAGCUGUGCUGAGGCUCUGUCUCCACCCAGAAGCACUGGUGCUGGUCACUUAGUCAGGCCUUGAGUCCCCUUCCUGGUUCAUCCCAGAGCCUUUGUGCCUGGAGUCCACCUUGUCCUUUUUCUCUGGGCUUUCAAACCCACAACCUUUACACACUCAGGGAUACCUCCAGGUCUGCCAUGAAUAAGACCCUAGGCCCAAGGCUGGUGUGGUGCCAGGAUGGCACAGGUUCCCUCUUCCUUGCCAGCCCUGACCUGGUCACUGGGCGGGCUGGCCCAGCAGCCUGGGAGCUAUGGAAGACACGGUGUGAGUAGUUGGGUCCAAGGGAGGCAUCAGGCCUUCUUCUGGUUGCAGGAGAGAGCCAGAGGGCGGAAGUGGAGAGGGAAGAACUGGAGGUCUGCAGCCUGGACUUAUCCUGGUUUCAGAGACGUUGUUGCCAGGGCUGCCCCAAGCCCAGGACUUCGGUUGAGGAUGCACAGCUGGGCCACCUCACCCGGGGCCACU